UUGGGCCCAGUGCUCCUAGGAACUUCACACUGGAGAGCCAAAAGACGUGGAAGAGCCUGUCUUGGAGAUUAUCCUGGGGAAAUCCUGAGGGCAUUCAUUAUGAAGUGUACCGCCCAGGAGUGGCUCAGAAUAACCACAGUGAUAUUCAUGGCUAGAGCAAUUCCAGCUACAGUGGUUCCUAAUGCCACAUUAUUGGAGAAAUUGUUGGAAAAGUACAUGGAUGAGGAUGGUGAGUGGUGGACGGCCAAGCAAAGAGGGAAGAGGGCCAUCACGGACAAUGACAUGCAGAGUAUCUUGGACCUUCAUAAUAAAUUACGAAGUCAGGUGUAUCCAACUGCUUCUAAUAUGGAAUACAUGACAUGGGAUGUAGAAUUGGAAAGAUCUGCAGAAUCUUGGGCUGAAACUUGUUUGUGGGAACAUGGACCUGCAAACCUCCUUCCAUCAAUUGGACAGAACUUGGGAGCACACUGGGGAAGAUAUAGGCCCCCAACGUUUCAUGUACAAGCAUGGUAUGAUGAAGUGAGAGACUUCAGCUACCCAUACGAGCAUGAAUGUAACCCGUAUUGUCCAUUCAGAUGUUCUGGACCUGUCUGUACUCAUUAUACGCAGGUGGUGUGGGCAACCAGCAGCAGAAUAGGCUGUGCCAUUAAUUUGUGCCACAACAUGAACAUCUGGGGGCAGAUAUGGCCCAAAGCUGUCUACUUGGUGUGCAAUUAUUCCCCAAAGGGAAACUGGUGGGGCCAUGCCCCUUACAAACAUGGAAGGCCCUGUUCUGCUUGCCCGCCUAGUUUUGGAGGUGGCUGUAGAGAAAAUUUGUGCUACAAAGAAGGAUCAGAAAGGUAUUACCCUCCUCGAGAAGAAGAAACCAAUGAAAUUGAACGGCAGCAGUCACAAGUCCGUGACACUCACGUUCGGACAAGAGCAGAUGACAGCAACAGAAAUGAAGUCAAAAGCACACAACAAAUGUCCCAAAUUGUUUCUUGUGAAGUAAGGUUAAGAGACCAGUGCAAAGGAACAACCUGUAAUAGAUAUGAAUGUCCUGCUGGCUGUUUGGAUAGUAAAGCUAAAGUGAUUGGCAGUGUUCAUUAUGAAAUGCAAUCUAGCAUCUGUAGAGCUGCAAUCCAUUAUGGUAUAAUAGACAAUGAUGGUGGUUGGGUAGACAUCACUAGACAAGGAAGGAAACAUUAUUUCAUCAAAUCCAACAGAAAUGGUAUUCAGUCAAUUGGCAAAUAUCAGUCUGCUAAUUCCUUCACAGUCUCUAAAGUAACAGUUCAGGCUAUCACCUGUGAAACAACUGUGGAACAACUGUGUCCAUUUCAUAAGCCUGCUUCACACUGCCCCAGAGUUUACUGUCCUCGAAACUGUAUGCAGUCAAAUCCCCAUUAUGCUCGUGUAAUCGGGACUCGUGUUUAUUCAGAUCUUUCCAGUAUCUGCAGAGCCGCAGUCCAUGCUGGGGUGGUUCGAAAUCAUGGUGGUUAUGUUGACAUCAUGCCUGUGGACAAAAGAAAGACUUACGUAGCUUCUUUUCAGAAUGGAAUCUUCUCAGAAAGUUUACAGAACCCUCCAGGAGGAAAGGCAUUCAGAGUUUUUGCUGUUGUGUGAAGUGGAAUACUUGGAAGAGGAUACUAAAGACAAUUCCAAAUGCCAUAUAUCUGACGUUUGUAUAAAACUGUAACAUUACUGUACAGAAGAUAAACACUAUUUCAGCCCAAAAAAGUACCAAAAUGCAUAUAAAUUUUGAUAGACUGUCUGUCUGUAAAAUAAAACAUGGGACACUAGUUUUGGAAAAAAUAAUGAAUAUGUAAUGGUUUUAGAAAUCCUGUGUUAAAUAUUGCUAUAUUUUCUUAGCACUUAUUUUUACAGUUAAAUAUAUAGUCAUAAUUGUUCUACAUUUCAUAUAUUAUAUGGUGCUGUGUAUAUGCCACUAAUAAAAUGAAUCUAAACAUUGAAUGUGAAUGGCCCUCAGAAUACCAUCUGGUACAUUAAAAAAAUAAUCAACUCCCAAAAUGGAAAAAAUCAUAUUUUAAUAUAUUUUCCAGUCCAGUGCAUUGCUAACUAAUUUUCAUUUAUUUCAAGUUAAUUCUUGUACAGUCUUUCUCUUUUGUUAAGUUUAGGCAUAUAGAAUAUUCAGUCCUGAUAUUGCACUUCUUUUUUAAUAAAAUAAUCCAUUACUAUUCAGAUGAACUUGUUAAAAUGCCCGGUUCCUUGGAAAUGGCCUUAGUAGUCAAUGGACUCAAGUCAGAGCAGUGGUGUUAACAAUAUUCCUAAUGCUCAUGCAGGAAUUACAAGGAUAAGCACGGGCAGCUAGAGCUUUCUAUGUAUUAAAAUUGAGGUCACACAUUUUCUAUUGUAUCCUGGCAAAUACUCCUGCAGGCCAGGCAGUAUAAUGGCAGAAAGAUUAGAAAAGAUAAACUAAUGUAUUUCAUCACCAUUGCCACUUAUUUUCUUAAUGGCCUUUUGUAUUAAUGUUACCAUAUCAUGGUACCUAUAAUGGUGAUAUAUUUGUUUCUAUGAAAAAUGUGUUGUGCUUUGAGAUGAAAAAUCUGUAAAACAUUACUUUUGAUAUUUUUUUUUGUCUGAUGAAUUUAUUCUUUUCUAUUCUUAUAAACGUAUUAAAAUUGAUCAUGUUUCAGAGUUUUA